AUGGUGGAUCUUGGGCGCCCAACGGCCGAUGUGCCUAGUCGUGGAUACCAGCUCUGGGUGACGGACGUGGUGGUUGUGAUCAUUGCUGGUGUCUUUGUGGUUAUCCGUCUGGUCUCGAGAUAUCUCAGGAGCGGCAUCCAGGUCGAUGACUGGACUAUUCUGGCAGCCCUGGUGCUGUCUGUUAUGUUUUCGACGGCGCAGAAUGUCGCCGUUGGGUAUGGAUACGGCAAACACGACUGGCAUAUCACCGAGGAGCAAGAGCAGAAGUCUCUCAAGUGGAUUCUGGUCGCUCAAGUGUUAUACAAGCUGGUGAUCUGUCUGGCCAAGGUGUCAAUCCUACUGCUGUACUUGAGGAUCUUCUACGUGCACCAGUAUUUCAGGCGGAUAUGCAUCGGCCUGAUCGUGUUCACCAUCCUUUCGGGCAUCGCCUUCAUCCCGCCAACGAUCUGGCAGUGCUCGCCAGUGGAGGCGUACUGGAACAGGACCAUCCCGCACACCUGUCUGAGCAGUUUUCCCAACUGGCUCACGUAUGCGAUAAUCAACAUCACGACGGACGUGAUACUGCUGGUUCUGCCAGUGCAGCAAAUUCUGCGCCUGCAGCUGACGAAGCGAGACAAGAUCGCGCUGAUACUGGUGUUUAUGCUGGGGUCGUUUGUCUGUAUAACCAGCAUUUACCGAGUGACUCUAGUCGCAGCAUCCUCAGGAGUCAAGGACGUCACAUGGACAACGACGCCGAUAUCGAGCUGGAGCGCGGUGGAGGUCAACUCAGGCAUCAUCUGCGCCUGUCUACCGAUGGCACGACAGACACUCUCGCACGUCUUCUCCUGCUGUCUGCCUCCACAAACAACCAAGAACUCGUCCGUCUCGCCGUCGCAGGGCUACAACAACACCAACUCGGCGCACUUCUCUCGCAUCUCACGGGGCGGGAACGGAAAGCCCAUCUCUGGCUCCGGCCUCCACCGCAGCAGCAGCCACCCCUGGGAGUACCAUCCGCGCAUCCAGGACGGGAUGGUGCUGACGUCGAUCCAGUCAGACAGACACCGGCACUACCUGCGUCGCUCGGACAGCGAGGAGGAGAUGCUCGGACAGGAUUGCUAUCUGGGUAACGGCGGCGGGAUAGUCAAGCGGACGGAUGUGUCUAUAAUAGAGCACCCACGGGCAGGCUAG